AUGUUUAUAUUUCAUAUGACAAAGGAAGAACAGCGUCUAACUUUUGCGGCUUCAGCAGCAGCAGAAGCACCAGCAGAAGCUGCAGCAUGUGCUGCUGCUGCAGCUGCUGAUGUGUGUCUGUCUGUGGAGGCCCCAGGGGCCUCUAAGAAUGCUGCUUCAUUAAUUGAAGCAGCUUUAAGUAGCUCGGCUUCAACAGCUACAGAAGAAGCUUCCGUCUCUGUUACUCUAGAAGGCCCCGUAGGCAGCAAGGGCUCUUUUUGUGAAUCUCGCUCGGGCGUUGAGCAGCAGCUUUCUCAGCCCAGCAGCACCUGCAGCAGCAGCACAUGCAGCACCAAGACCUGCAGCAGCAGCACGUGCAGCAGCACUUGCACCUUAACAGCAGUUCUUAAGAGGCAGGCUCUACUCGCCGCUAUAGGCCGCCUGCACUCAACAAGGACGCCAAACCCACAACUCAAAACCACCACCUCCGCCGUACUUCAUUUCAUAGCGCUACUUUUAUCUUUUGUGAUGCUUGUUGCCCUCUGGGGUGUCUUGGACGUGGUAGUUGAGGUACUGGCGGGCCCCAACAGUUUGAAGCAGCUGCAGGGAUAUGCAGCGCUGCUCUUUGUAGGUCUUCUUCUUACUUUUCUGCUCAAGUUUAUUGAGAGUCAGGGACGCAAGCUUACCAUCUACCCCACACUCAUCGUCUCUCUUGUGACCGUCGUGGCGGCGUGGGGAAUCAUAGACGGUGUUGUGGAGUUUAGAGACACUCAAGUGUCUCUAAACUGCAGCAAGUGCUGGGAGCUCCACAAUGCAGACUAUUAG